UAAAAUUGAACCAAUAGAAGUCGAAAUUUGAAAGGGGUUGUUGAACACAAAUAUGAAAAUUUACAAGGACCAAAUUUGCAAUUAAGAAAAGAAAAUUGGCAUUCAGCUGAAUGAGGAGCAAAAUGGGAAGUGAGAGUGAAGCAAUGGCGGAGCAGAACUCCAUGGAAGCACUAGCCAAGCUCGAACACCGGCAGACCCUAAUCCUUCAUCGAAUUUCAAACCUCGAGCUCAAAUACCUUCCAAAUCUUGACUCUCCUCCUUCCUCUGUUCCCUCUGAUGGCGCUGAUGACGACACCGUGGCUCGACUCUCUGCCAUUCUUAGAACCAACGCUGUCAACGACUUUUCCUUCAAAAGGGUGCCUUCCGAUUACUACGAUUGGGCCCUCGAAGCGCGACGGGACGUUCUUGAUGCUGCCUCUAUCGACCAUCUCUGCAAGAGCAUCGUUCUGGUAAAUACUCAAGCCCCAUCCCAUGUGGUUGAUUGCAGUGAUCGCAACAAUUCAAAAUACUAUAUUGUUGUUGUUCAGUAUACUGCCAAAUUUAAUGCUGAAGCUGUUAAAAGCUUCCUGUAUUCACUCAAUGAUGGCAAGAUAGCAAAAAAGAAAUUCAACUUGAGACUUGCUCCAGAGGAGACGUCUGUGAAAUUAACUGGAUAUGAGCAUAAUGGAGUGACAUGCAUUGGCAUGAAAACGGAUAUUCCAGUGAUUUUGGAUGAAGCGAUUGUGAAACUAAAUCCUGAUUACUUUUGGUUGGGCGGUGGAGAAAUCGACCUGAAGUUGGGAAUCAGGACAUCGGAAUUCAUAAACUUUGUCAAACCCUUCAUUAUUAAGUGUAGCUAGGAGGAACCAUUUUCACCCUGUUCAAGCUCAACAACAAAUCAAACACAACAGACUAAUACUACUACAAGGAUCCAGGUUUUCAGUAUUUCAUCCUAUUUAAAUUCUUUCUACUUCUGAGUAUCAAUUGUUUUGUAUGUUCCAAAUGAGGAUGAAACCAAAAACAGAAAGAAAAGAAAAGAAAAUUUUUUCAUGAUUCCUUGGAAAUGGGAUUCAGCUAUUUAACUUGUUACAAUCUAACCAUUAAAUGAACAUUAAUGAUUUUGAUUAA